UAUCGGGAAAUAUACCAGUACAGAACCAGAGAUUUACCAGAUGAUGAGAAAUUAUAAAUGUAAAACCGAUAGGGCAAACAUUAAUGAACAUAACAUGAAAAAUGCCAUUAGAAAAGUUAUAUGUAGGAGAUUGUCAGAAAGAGAAGCCGCAAGAAAUUUUAAUUUAAAAAGGGUUACCUUACACUCAAGAAUUGAUAAGAUCAAACAAAAAUAUUCAACAGAAGAGCUCCCUAAAUUAUAUGAUGAUGAUUCUGACAGAGAAAGCUGUGCAGACAAUGAAACACCCAGUUUUUCCAGUAAAUAUACUGUAUGUCAGGUAUUUACUGCUACACAAGAAGCUGAAUUAGUAAACUACAUUAAAACAUGUUCUGAUAUGAACUAUGGGUUGACAUACAAACAGAUUCGCAUACUAGCAUAUGAUUAUGAAAUUACCUGAACCUAAUUCAGCAAAAACUGCUAGGACAUCUUCAUUGCUGUCUUUUAAAGCUAAUUUUUCUUUGUAUAACAUCAGCUAAUUUUUUUAUAUAUAUUUUAAA